AUAAGAGCACAUUUAAUUUCCUUCUUGAUGAAGCACACCUAUUACAUAGCAACCGACUUAGCAACGCAAACAAGAGACCCUCCACAGACAUGGGGAAGGAUUACUACUCUAUUCUCGGCAUUACACGCGAUGCCUCGGACAUAGACGUCAAGAAAGCGUACCGCAAGCUCUCCCUCAAGUAUCACCCAGACAAGAACAAAGCUCCCGGUGCAGAUAACAAGUUUGACGAGGUCGGAGAAGCUUACGAUGUCCUGUGUGAACCUUCCAGACGUAUCACUUUUGACAAGUUUGGAGAGGAGGGCCUCAAGGCUGGUCUCCCCACUGCAGCAGGGGACUUUGUGGAGGGCUACACCUUCCAUGGUAACUCGAGGAAAGUAUUCACUGACUUCUUUGGAGGAGACAAUCCAUUCGCAGAUCUGUUCAACUUUGAGGCUGUGCUUGAUGCUGAUGGUUACGUCAGCUUUGGAGGUCUAAAGGGACGCUCCCAACCUAAACAAGACCCCCCAGUGGAGAGGGACCUCUGUCUCACUCUGGAGGAGGUAUACAAUGGAAGCGUAAAGAAAAUGAAAAUAUCCAGAAAGGUAUUGAAUGAUGAUGGUCGUACUACAAGCACACGAGAGAAGAUCCUCACCAUCACAGUCAAGAGAGGAUGGAAGGAGGGGACCAGGAUAACAUUCCCUAAAGAGGGGGACCAGGGACCCAACAAAAUACCAGCUGAUAUUGUGUUUAUUGUGAAGGAUAAAGAACACUUGUUGUUCAAGAGGGACGGGGUUGACCUGCUGUAUAAGCCUGACAUCCCACUCAAGGCUGCAUUGAUUGGUGGGUCUAUUGAGGUACCUACACUGGACGGACGUGUUAUUCGAGUACCCAUCACUGAGAUUGUGAGCCCUGGUUAUCGUAAGACAGUGGUUGGUGAGGGCAUGCCCCUGGUGGGGGAGACUGGGUCGGGGGACCUCAUCGUAGAGUUCAACAUUGUCUUCCCUCACUCUCUCAACCAGUCACAGAAAUCACUCAUCAAACAAGCACUAGUGUGUGUACCAUGACUGCAUUGGAGCUAGUAUACUGUAUGCAAGAGACUAUGUUGUACACUGUUGUUUCUAUGGUAACCUAUCGAUUAUACACUCAUUAAUUAUUUCAGAGAAAAUUAAUGUUGUUUUUGAA